AUGUUCCAGAUGCAGGGCCUUGCUCCAAAGCUGGACCUGGAGGAGAUAAAGAAGAAAGUGUGCGAGGAUGUGAUCUCUUCCAUAUGGAACCUCCUCACCUACAUGGCCCUACUGCUCGUCACACCACACACCUUAAAGACACUGGACAGCAUAUGA